GAUUCCGGGGUCGGUGUGUGUGUAAGUGUGUGUGAGUGUGUGUAUUUUCGUGCUCGGCUCUCCCAGUUCUCUGAGUGUGUGUGUGUGAGUGAGAGAGUGUGUGUGUCGGUGGGGGAGGAGGUGGAGGAGGAUGAUGAUGGCGGAGCUGGUGCAGGGACAGGCCUCGGUGGCUCAGCCUGGGAUGAAGGGAGACGGCUUCGCGGACGCGCUCCACCGAGCCAGACAGAUUGCAGCUAAAAUUGGGGGAGACCAGAUGACCCAUCUGAACCACUCUCCUGUUGUCGACCCUUCCCUCUACGGCUAUGGAGGUCCUAAACGCUCCCUAGACGAAGGAGUAGGCGCCCAGCUUGGGGCAAUGGUACAUCCAAGGGCUAUCAUGACAGAAGAGUAUAAAGUGCCUGAUAAGAUGGUGGGCUUCAUAAUCGGAAGAGGCGGCGAGCAGAUCACUAGAAUCCAGUUGGAAUCGGGCUGUAAGAUCCAGAUUGCUGCUGACAGUGGCGGUAUGAUGGACCGGCCUUGCACCUUGACUGGGAGUCCAGAGAACAUUGAGCAGGCGAAGCGUCUCCUCGGGCAGAUCGUGGACCGGUGUCGGAACGGCCCCGGAUUCCACAACGAGAUGGACGGAAACAACGCCAUCCAGGAGAUCCUGAUCCCUGCCAGUAAAGUGGGCCUGGUGAUCGGGAAAGGAGGAGACACCAUUAAACAGCUACAGGAGAGGACAGGAGUGAAGAUGAUCAUGAUUCAGGACGGUCCAAUGCCCACUGGAGCAGACAAGCCCUUGAGAAUUACUGGGGAUCCCUUUAAAGUGCAGCAAGCUCGGGAGCUGGUAGUGGAGAUCAUCCGGGAAAAGGAGCAGGGAGACUUCAGGACUGGCCGAGGAGACUUCAGUUCCAGACUGGGAGGGAGCAGCAUGGAUGUGGCUGUGCCGAGGUUUGCUGUGGGCAUCGUCAUUGGCAGGAAUGGAGAGAUGAUUAAGAAGAUCCAGAACGAUGCUGGUGUGAGGAUCCAGUUCAAACCAGAUGAUGGAAUUAGUCCAGAUCGAAUUGCUCAGGUGAUGGGUCAGCUGGACAGAUGUCAGCAUGCAGUUCAUCUCAUCAACGAGCUGGUCCACACAGCACAGGAGCGUGAUGGAUUUGGGGGCCCGUUGGGAACCAGGGGCCGGGGAAGAGGCAGAGGAGACUGGAACAUGGGGGCUCCGGGCGGACUGCAGGAGGUGACCUACACGAUACCAGCGGACAAGUGUGGCCUUGUGAUCGGGAAAGGUGGAGAGACUAUUAAGAACAUCAACCAGCAGUCUGGAGCUCACGUGGAGCUGCAGAGGAAUCCUCCUCCCAACACCGACCCCAACGUCCGCAUCUUCUGCAUCAGAGGCACCCCGCAGCAGAUAGACAUGGCCAGACAGCUCAUCGACGAGAAGAUCGGGGCCUCUGGACUGGGGGGCAGCAGCAGUUUCGGGCUCAGUCCUUUCACCCAAGGACCUGCGACCCCACACCAGAAGUCUUCUAGUGGACCGCAGACUUUCAUGACCGGAGGAUGGGGUCCCACGUACCAGACAUGGCAGCCUCAGGGCCAGCAGGACCCCAGUCAUAAUGGAUCGCAGACAGGCCAGAUGGACUAUUCCAAAGCGUGGGAGCAGUAUUAUAAGAAGCUAGGUCAGCAGAGCCAAGCCCAGAGUACUGCUCCUGACUACAGCAAAGCGUGGGAGGAAUAUUACAAGAAGCAGAGUCAGGCUGCAGCUCCAGGGUCCCAGCAGAGCUCCCCUCCAGACUAUAGCGCUGCCUGGGUGGAGUAUUACAGACAACAGGGGGCUUAUUACGGCCAGGGGGCGCAGCAGACGCAGGCUCCCGGCCUUCAGGAUCAUUAGAGCAGAUACCCUUUAGUUGAAGAUUUUUGAAUGAUUGAUUGAGAAGAUGAAACAAACCUUUUGUAACAGAGGUUUCUAGAUUUGCAACGCCUUGAAGACUUUUACGUUUUUUUUUUCUUAGUGAGAAACACUAGCUGUAGAAUGACUUAUACAAUUAAAAAAAAAAAAAGAAAUAUUUCUAAAUCAGGAACGUAAAAAAUUGUUACUAAAUACUUGUGUACACCAUUUAUUUGAAUGAACAAUUUCCGGGAUCCUUUUUGGACCAGAGCUGUUUUUGUUUUUUCUAUUCUUCCUUUUUAAUUCUCACAUGAAUUCGCCAAAACGAACCCCGGAAUUGUAACAUUUCAGCAAUCGCAAUAUAAUCUAUUUUUUCUAGUUCUGUUGCAAUAAAAUCGUAAUUAUGGGCUUAGCAGUCUUGAAUCCAUUUUUGUUUUGUUCUUGUCAUAAAAUGUUUUAAGAAUGUGUACAAAACGAGAUGUUUUUUCUUUCUUUUUUUGUUUUUUUCCUUUUACAUAAAGCAAUUUUAAUUCAGUGAGAUGAUAAAACUGUGAUGUUUUGUUACAGGAAAAAAAUGUUCUUUUUGUUACACAAAUAUACGGUGAGUGAUGUUGGCAGAUGGCAGUCAAUUCCUAAUUUAAUUCCUCUUGUGUUUUGUAUUCUGUUUUUCAUUGUCAUUUUAUUGUACUCUGGUUUAAAAAAAAGGUGCAAUAUCUUAUUUCAUAUUUGAAACAAAGAUGGAUUUCUCUAAUAUUUUGACAGACGUUUAACUUGUAGUUCUUAGAGUUAUUUUUUUUUUAGGCAUAUGGAAAUGUUAAUGGAUAAUUUUUUUAUUACCUUGAUCUGAUAUGGGAAAAGGGGGGGGUCUUGCAUAUUGUGAGUUUAUUGCCUUUGCUAUCUUGUAAAACUAUGUAUGUACACUCAGAUACUUGACUAAAUACGUUAUUUAAAUAUAUAUAAAUAUAUAUAUAUAAUUAAAUCAAAGAAGUUUUUUUUUCUCUCUUUUUCAUGGAGUCAUUUUUGGCAGGAAAACUGUCCCUGUUUUUCUGUUCUGUUUUUCAUACUGAAAUUUUUCAAAGAUCGUGAAUGUGUAAUUUGAAAUUUGAUGUUGCAUCUUCAUAUAUGGACAAAAUGAGAGAUGAUAGGUUUUUAUGUAUGUUCUGUACUUAAACCAUUCAAGACUGCUAAGCCUCCAGAUUCCUAUCUGUGUAUUAAUUAAUUGUAGUUUUUUAUAUUCUAAGUAUUAAGAUCAAAGUUGUCUUAUUUGGUACCACCCAGCUCCCCCGAUGCCCCAACCAGUACACACUGUGGACUCGUGUAUAGUCCGAUGCUAAUAACUUUUUAAGUAAUUAUUUUUUCUUUCUACUCUGUGUGAUCUAAUAUAUGUAUGAAUGAUUAGUUACGAAAUUGAAUCUAGUAUUAACUUCAUUGCUUAAUGAAAAGGGAUAUUAUAAUUUCAAAUGUUUAAUUUUAGUGUUUUUGUUUUAUUUUUUUUUUCCUUCUUCUUCAUGUGUACAGGUAACUGUGUAUUAAAAACAUCAAAAGACUACUUUUUGUGUUUUUCUUUAUUUUCUGAUCUGAUUUUUUCCCGUUCUUUUUUCUUUUUCUUUUUUUUGUUCUUCGGGUUUUCUGUAUCACAUUCCGGUUGGUGUAUCCGCUCCGUCGAUCCGGGCGGUCUGCGGGUCUUUUCUCGUACCGUGUGGAGAUGUGAUGUAUGUACUACAGCGCUUUGUAUUGUUUGUGGUGUGUAAAGAAGAACUAUAUUUUCUAUGCUCCUUUAUUAUAACCUUUAACAGCUGAAAUAAAUGGCAUGCAAGUUA